AUGCUGACUUAUCUUUACAAUCUUCUGGCUUGGAUCUGGACCCGCAGCAGGAUCAAGGAGCUUUUUCCUCUGGUCGGUAUUACCGACCGGGCGGGUGAGAAUCAAGAAACUGACCUGGCGGAAGGUAAAUGCUUGGCUCCAAUCGAAAAAAUAAAGGACAUGAUCGACCCACGUGCUCAACCUGCCGAUUCGGUGCGCGACGUCGAGAUUAUCAAGAAGUCUCCAAUGAACAUGUUUGAAAUACUCUACGCCAUGGCGCCAGGAAUACUUUCGUUUACCGUCCUGAUUAUUAUUAUCUCUGGUAUAAUUUGGUACAAGAAUAAUUCCAAGAAGAAAGUUCCUACCCAGAAGCCGAUCGUGAAGAUGUGUGCCAAUAAGAGUGUCCAAACCAGCUAUGUCUACUCUAAAGAACAGAUUGCGUCCUUCAGGAAGCGUAAGAUACCCCAAUAUAUGGACGACAACGAUUCGACUAAAAAGAACAAGACCGAGUUGGAUGCUUUUGAGGAUUAUAUUAAAAACAAUUGCGCACCGCAACCUCCUCAGGAGCUACUCGACAAUAUGGAACAAUUUCAGAAGCAAUUCGAAAUGGCUGCUUCUCCAAACCAGCAUGGAGUUGACACGGAAUCCCAAACUGAAAGUGAAGCUGGUACUGACCUGGCACUGGGAAUGGAAGAACAGCGCAAUCCGACUGGGGACUGGAUGCCAUUUUCACAGACUGGCGAGGAGUUCUGGACCAACAAGAUUACUAUUCCAGGAGCUGGACUCGAAUGCAACCCGAAAAAAGAAAAUGCCGGCGAUGUGUUGAUGAUGAAGCCUUCUGGAUCUAAAACCCUCUUUAACCUACAGAAAGAAGCCGAUGAGCUAUUAAUGAAGGCUGCUGGAUCUAAAAUCAAGGACAUACUAGCUAGUGUACCCAACACCACCCAGACCGGCGAUGAGUUGAUGAUGAAACCUUCUGGAUCUAAGACCAUCUUUAACCUACCGAAAGACACUGCCGGCGAUGAGAAGAUGAAGCCUUCUGGAUCUAAUGUCAUCUUUAACCUACCGAAAGACAAUGCCGAUGAGGAGCUCUUGAUGAAACCUUCUGGAUCUAAGACCAUCUUUAACCUACCGAAAGACACUGCCGGCAAUGAGAAGAUGAAGCCUUCUGGAUCUAAUGUCAUCUUUAACCUACCGAAAGACAAUGCCGGCGAUGAGCUGAUGAUGAAACCUUCUGGAUCUAAAAUCACCUUUAACCUACCGAAAGACAAUGCCGGCGAUGAGUUGAUGAUGAAGCCUUCUGGAUCUAAAACCAGCUUUAACCUACCGAAAGACGGCGAUGAGCUAUUGAUGAAGGCUGCUGGAUCUAAAAUCAAAGACAUACUGGCUAUUGAACCCAAAACCACCCAGACUUUCUCCUCCCAGGCCACCACUACCCAAACCCCUGAAUACCAACCACCAGGACCAUCUGAAGCUGCUGUCCAUGUUGAGACUAAAGUCGAGGGUACUCAGACCGCCACUACCCAAAUCUCUGUAGUCCAACCACCAGGAUCAUCUGAAGCUGCUGUCCAGGUUGGGGCUGGUGUCCAGGCUGAGGCUGAUGUCGAGGCUUUUGAAACAUCCACCCAGCUUUUCUGGUAUGUGGAGCACGGUCAGGCAUAUGGUGUUCCUUGCAAAGUCCUAUCGGACCAACAAUGCAAGUCGGACACUGACGACGACCUAUAAGCAGAGAUUCCGUCGCAUUCCGACCAAAAGU